UUUGCCAGAGCAUGGCUCUCUUGAACAGGCAGGACAAAGGGGUGUGUGUCACCUGUGUGGGGCCUGUGCUGAUGCCUGGCGCCCGUUAUAGGAUGUGGUGGGGAGCGGGGAAGAGGAACACCUGCCCUGGGUCUUGGAGAGACCAGUCCAUCACAAAGGUGUCAGGCAUUGCAGUUGCUGUUCCCAGUUUGAAAAUACAGGAGCAGUUUUUGCAAGCAGUGGUUUCCGGAAUGAUGAAGAUCCUGCUCUACAGCCUGUGCCCUGACCUACUAACCCUGCAGCAUCCUGCUGGGCAAAGUGGACUCUCAUCCAGCAGGGAGGCCAGAGAUGAGAAGCACCAACUGCCUACUCACCCAGAACCUGAGAACGAGGGUCAGCUCAUCGUAACUCUCCUGGGAGGUUCUGGCCAUUUUCUAGGAAGAUUUGGCAGUAUCCAUCAAAACAGAAAAUGUGUCCACCCUCGAUGGAGUUACUCCACUUCUAAGAACUUAAACACCUACUUACAGAAAUGUGCAAAGAGAGGCCAGCAGCUAAUGAGACCGGGAGCACCAGACACGUGGCUGCACCCAGAGUGGACACGCCCACUGGGGCUCAGAUGGACAAAUAGAGACCCAGAGAAGUCCAGAGACUGUUGGAAUGGUUUCAAAGUGGUCUGAAUGAAGAAAAUGCAAGAGGUCUGAGUCAUCCCU